GUCCCAAGCCUGCCUGUCCCCAGCAUGGAGGCGGGACAGUGGAAGAGUGGCUGAGGCUGGAGUUUGGAGUUUGACCCGCUUGGAGGCUCUCUCAGCAGCAGGCAUAUAGGAGGAAGGUCACUGCUGUCUCUGGAAGCUCUUGGCUGCAAAGGGAGAGGAUCCCGGGUGUCUCCCUCCUUACAGCCAUCGCCACCUCCUAGUGCCUUAGAAGCCACUGACAGCCCCCAGGGCAGGUGAGCCCUGCAUCUGAAAUAAGGAUCCUGAGGUCUCGUUCAGGACCAUGGAGAGUGGCACCAGCAGCCCUCAGCCUCCACAGUCAGAUCUCCUGGAUAUGUUUCCCCAGAAGGGCUUGGAGCCUGGGGACAUCGCGGUGCUGGUUCUGUACUUCCUCUUUGUCCUGGCUGUUGGACUAUGGACACAGAGAAGGUACUAUCUAUAAGGAACAGGCCCUCACCAGACACCAAACCUCUCGGUGCCUUGAUCUUGGACUUCCCAGUCUCUAGAAUUUCCACAGUGAAGACCAAAAGAGACACAGUGAAAGGUUACUUCCUGGCUGGAGGAGACAUGGUGUGGUGGCCAGUGGGUGCAUCCUUGUUUGCCAGCAAUGUUGGAAGUGGACAUUUCAUUGGCCUGGCAGGGUCAGGUGCUGCUACGGGCCUUUCUGUAUCAGCUUAUGAGCUUAAUGGCUUGUUUUCUGUGCUGAUGUUGGCGUGGAUCUUCCUCCCCAUCUACAUUGCUGGUCAGGUCACCACGAUGCCAGAAUACCUACGGAAGCGCUUCGGUGGUAUCAGAAUUCCCGUCAUCCUGGCCGUACUCUACCUAUUUAUCUACAUCUUCACCAAGAUCUCGGUAGACAUGUAUGCAGGUGCCAUCUUCAUCCAGCAGUCUUUGCACCUGGAUCUGUACCUGGCCAUAGUUGGGCUGCUGGCCAUCACCGCUGUAUACACGGUUGCUGGUGGCCUGGCUGCUGUGAUCUACACGGAUGCGCUGCAGACACUGAUCAUGCUUAUAGGAGCGCUCACCUUGAUGGGCUACAGUUUUGCUGCAGUUGGUGGGAUGGAAGGCCUGAAGGAGAAGUACUUCUUGGCCCUGGCCAGCAACCGGAGUGAGAACAGCAGCUGCGGGCUGCCCCGGGAAGAUGCCUUCCAUAUUUUCCGAGAUCCACUGACAUCUGAUCUCCCGUGGCCAGGGGUCCUGUUUGGAAUGUCCAUCCCAUCCCUCUGGUACUGGUGCACGGAUCAGGUGAUUGUCCAGCGGACUCUGGCUGCCAAGAACCUGUCCCAUGCCAAAGGAGGUGCUCUGAUGGCUGCGUACCUGAAGGUGCUGCCCCUCUUCAUAAUGGUGUUCCCUGGGAUGGUUAGCCGCAUCCUCUUCCCAGAUCAAGUGGCUUGUGCAGAUCCAGAGAUCUGCCGGAAGAUCUGCAGCAACCCCUCAGGCUGUUCUGACAUCGCGUAUCCCAAACUCGUGCUAGAACUCCUGCCCACAGGGCUCCGUGGGCUGAUGAUGGCUGUGAUGGUGGCGGCUCUCAUGUCCUCCCUCACCUCCAUCUUUAACAGUGCCAGCACCAUCUUCACCAUGGACCUCUGGAAUCACCUCCGGCCUCGGGCAUCUGAGAAGGAGCUCAUGAUUGUAGGCAGGGUGUUUGUCCUGCUGCUGGUCCUGGUCUCCAUCCUAUGGAUCCCUGUGAUCCAGGCCAGCCAGGGUGGUCAGCUCUUCAUCUAUAUCCAGUCCAUCAGCUCCUACCUGCAGCCGCCCGUGGCGGUGGUCUUCAUCAUGGGAUGUUUCUGGAAGAGGACCAAUGAAAAGGGUGCCUUCUGGGGCCUGAUCUCGGGCCUGCUCCUGGGCUUGGUUAGGCUGGUCCUGGACUUUAUUUACGUGGAGCCUCGGUGCGACCAGCCAGAUGAGCGCCCGGUCCUGGUGAAGAGCAUCCACUACCUCUACUUCUCCAUGAUCCUGUCCACGGUCACCCUCAUCACUGUCUCCACCGUAAGCUGGUUCACAGAGCCGCCCUCCGAGGAGAUGGUCAGCCACCUGACCUGGUUUACUCGUCAUGACCCUGUGGUCCAGAAGGAACAAGCGCCACCAGCAGCUCCCUUGUCUCUUGCCCUCUCUCAGAAUGGGAUGCCAGAGGCCAGCAGCAGCAGCAGAGUCCAGUUCGAGAUGGUCCAAGAAAACAUGUCUAAAACCCACAGCUGUGACAUGACCCCGAAGCAGUCCAAAGUGGUGAAGGCCAUCCUGUGGCUCUGCGGAGUACAGGACAAGGGCAAGGAAGAGCUCCCGGCCAGAGCAGAACCCGUCAUAGUUUCCCUGGAAGAAAACCCCUUGGUGAAGACCCUCCUGGACGUCAACCUUAUUUUCUGCGUGAGCUGCGCCAUCUUUAUCUGGGGCUACUUUGCUUAGUGUGGGGUGAACCCGGGGGUUCAAAGGCUGUUUCUCUUCAAUGCUCCAUUUUUUUAAUGAAAGAAAAAAUAAUAAAGCUUUUGUUUGUUUACCACAA